AUGCCCAUGUCGUCCCUGCCCGACGGCUGGGAGUCCGACUACGACGGCUCCCGGUGGUUCUUCCGCUACAAGCCGACCGGCCUCGUGCAGUACCACUUCCCCCAGGCCGGCGAUGAGUACUCCGAGUACUACGGCAGCUUCGGCGACGCCGCGCCGGACUUGGCGCCCGAGGAGCUGCUCGAGAGCGAGCGCCAGCUCAAGAGGAGGUCUACAACGGGCGAGCGCAGGAGCGGCCGCAAGCAAGGCCCGUCGAGGGAGCCUGUAGUGGAGGAGGAGGAGGAGGAGCCCGACGACGGCGGCGGCGGCGGCGGCGGCGGCCUGUUCUCCUUUGAGAGCUUUGCCUACCUCGGCCCGGGGAGCUAUAAUGACGUGUCCCCCCUGGGCGACGAGGACGACGGGCGGCCGAGCGAUGUUCCCGCGCGAGGAGGCGCCGGGUCGGCGAUGCUGACGCCCGCGGGCGAGACGCCGGGUGCGCAGUCGCUUUCGCCUAUGACCAGCGCGGGCGCGACGCCGAACGUGGUCAGCAGCGAGCCGGUGUUGGCCGUUGACACGGGGUACGUGACGGCGACUGGAGGCUACCUACAGCAGCAGCAGCAGCAGCAGCAGCAGCCGAUGUCGCCUGGCGUGCCGAUGCUGGACAGCACCGAGCGGCCCUUUGAGCUGCCGGACGCGUCCAACAUGGGGGCGAGCAACUCGCACGCCCUGGCCAGGACCGACCAGGCGUACUCGCCGGUAGGCUUCAUGGCGGAGCUGCCCAGCGAGCUGACGGCGCAGUGUCUGGAAGAGUCGAACCCGCCGCCCAUCGAGCUGCCCGGCAAUGAGAUUGUCUUUGGCGGUGUCCAGAUGGGCGGUAGCAUGAUCCAGUCCGGUCCGGUCGAGCUUCCGCACGAGCCUAUUGAGGUGUCGAGAAUCGCGAAUAUGCCUGGCGUUGCGGCGCAGCAGGCGACGGCCGAGGGUGCGAAGAUGAUACAGUCGACCGAGGCGGUGCAGGGAGCGAUAGCGCAGGGCCAAGGGCAACACGAGUCGUCCAUCAGGCGGAAGCCGACCGUUACAGGAGCGCCUCUGUAUCGGCCCUUUAGAGCGACGCAAAUCAUUGCUGAGGAGGAGGUGCCUGGUCGCCCGUCCUCGGUGCUUGGGAGUAUGAGUGUCGCCGGGUCAGAGAACAACGAGCUGGGCAAGUUCAACAAGAGGCAUUCUAUGGCUGGCGCGAUGCCGCCUCCUAACAUCGACCGAGCCAGCGCCCCCCUGGCGUUGCAGCCGCCUAAUAGGCCACCCAAGGAGCCACUAGGAGACCAUGCAGCGGAAGCUCUGAGGCCAGGCCCCAAAGAGCCGGACCCGAGAUUGCCGGGGACGGGAACGAGAGACAGGAGUAUCUCAACUCCAGCGGUGCCAGCACAUGCCAUCCAGGGAGCUCAAGAUGGGCUUCGGCAUGUGCCCUCCGUUCUACGGCCACCGCAGGGGCCCAAUGUUGCAUCCCAGGAUGCCCUGGCACCCACUACAAAGGUGCUAGCACAUGUCCCUUCAAUUCUCAAGCCGGGCCGUGGACAGGCUCCUGCGGUGCCCAUACAAGCUGGCCAGGCAGCGCAGGAUCAGCGGUUCAGGAUGCCGCCCAAGGCAUAUAUGGCCUUUGCCACAGGCCAGCACGGACCCGAGUUGUCUGCUCUGGGGAUGUCCCGAGAGUCUGCUCAACCCGAGCCAUCACAAUCGAGGCCGAACUUGUUGAGACACACUACACUCCCUGAGCAGAUGACCUCGCAGACAAAACCACUCGAGGGCAUUGUAGAGCCGAGUGCUGUACCUGCGCCUCUCUCGCUGGGAAAGAAGCGGCCGGGAGCGCCGUCAUCAGUGCCCAUGUCUGCGAACUUUGCUAGUGCCUCCCUUCCGCCGGCCGAGGCUGCGAGACGAGAGGCGCGUGCGGAGGCUGAGAAGAAGGAGCAACAGCGAAGUGACAGCUCAGAGGCUGCCCCGAUGGUUGUGAGUAUCGAGGCGGGGGCCGAGGCUGCCUCAGCGCGUUCCCCACCAGCUCAGGCACAAGAGGCGUUUCCGCCCCUUGAGACUCGGCCUCCAAGGAUGCAGCAUUCCGACUCUAUUGUUUCUGAUGUAUCGGCACCGACCCCUGGCUCGAUGUCGUCUGGCCGCUUGAACUCGAUACAGACACCCUCGCCUCUACAGACGCCGGAUGCAAGCCACCGACCCUCGGUUGUUAGCCUUAAUUCCUACCAAUCCGACGUUGCCGCUGCUCGAGCAAACGUGGCCCCUGUUGGAGCCUAUUCCCAGACCAGGACACACCAUUCCGACUCCAUCGUCUCCGACGUCUCAGCACCUACCCCUGGAUCCGCAACCUCAAGCCGCCUCAACUCGCUUGCGGACCCCUCUCCUCUCCAGACGCCAGACGUGAGCGAGCAGCCUCCAGCUAUUGAGACGGGCUCUGCACAAAAUGCGCUGCCAAAGACGACCAGCCCGCCGACUUCCUUCGGCAUCAUCGCCUCGGAGAUUGUCCCUCCGCCGGCCCAGGCGACCCUUGCGCCUCCAGAGCCGGCACAUCCACAGACUUCGACUAGCCAGGGUGGCGGGUCGGUCUCCUCGCUAGGCAGGUCGUUGUCUGUUGUGUCAGCCAUGAGCUCGAACGGGCCGUCGCGCAGCCAGGAGAGCGAGCAGGUGUCGCCUGUGCCGUCGACGGUGACGCCCCUCCAGGGACCCUCGAGCCCGCAGAGGGUCCCGUCAUCGGAGAGCGCCGAACAGGAGCAAGAGCAGGCACCGCGCAAGGCGGAGCCGUUGGGGAUCGUAGUUGAGCACAGCGUUGUUGUAGAAGCAGAAACUGUCACGGCGCCGGCUAUGACUGGCGGGAAUGUGGCUAUUGAGGCUUCUUCCGAGGUCGUGGGUGUGUCCACCGAGCCGUUGGAUGGGCAGGCUCAGGCUGAGAGACCCCAAGAUAGUGCGGCCACUGCUUCUGGUCCUACGCAAACACAACCAGCCACCCCGAAUUCGCCAUCACAGACCCCUCCUCCUCUUGAGCAGAGAGCAAGUUUGAGUCAACCUCCCAGCUUCAGUGUCCAGGGUCAGGACUCCUUUACGCCGAGUCAACAUCCUACAUACAGUUAUUCGCAGGCUCCUGAGCAGACAGCUACUCCAGCUCCGGGUCAGGCAGCCUCGCCGCCGCCUCAAGGUCAAACGAUGCGUACUCAAACUCAACUGUCUACCGACGGGGCAUCACAAGGCUUUCAGCCACCGGGUACGCCCACGCCAAAUCAGGUCCACCCACCACCACCUCAACAGCAGCCGACACCUGUGCAGCAAGGUCAGCCAUUCGUAUACGGCCCGCCUCAGGACCCUCAUCAUCCGGACCAGAUCCAGUCACCGCCGCCGCAACAACAGCCUACAGCUUUACAAAGCCAGCAGUCUGCGUAUGGCGCGCCUCAGCGGGAUCAGUCAGGUACUCCGGUGCCGUUGCGUAUGCACACGGUGCCAUCGCAGAGUCCGCCUGCUGUACCUCCUACCAUGCCACCACAUCCUCCACCCGGAGCUGGACCGGCAGUGCCACCACCCUCGCACCAUGGAGGCCAAGCCGGAUACCCUGUCCCAAUGCAUCCUCAAGGACAAGGGCAAGUAGCCUUUCCCACUCAGCAGCCACAUAUGAGACCUCUGUCACCAAGCGUCCCUGUUCAAGGUUCGGCAUCUGUGAUCAAUCCAUCGACAGCUCAGGUCGGCCCUUCGCUUGCGCCACCUGCCGGCUCACCACGGCCGGUACAGCCUGGCUAUCCCGGCUCACCUCCAAACGCCCCGAUGAAUCCUCAGACCCCGGCUGGUGCACUCCAGCGACCUCCCCAGAGCCAGUUCGUCCCUCAACCUCAGGGGCAGGCACCAAAUCAAAGUAUGCCGCCGCAGAUUCCUCAGGGGCGCAUGGCAGCAACGCCACAGGCUCAACAACCGUUUCCGGCACCACAAGGCGCACCCAGGCCCGCUACCAUGCCACCACAGCAGCCCAGUAUCCUCACACAGAUAGCCGGGCGGCCAGCAGCACAAGCUGUGAUGCCUGGAACACCGCAAGCUUCUGGACCCCUUGCUCCACCGCAGACACUGGGUCAGCCGAUGGGACAGCCUGGGAAUGCACCACAGAUGGGAGGCCGACCGGCACAGGCGUCUAAUUUGGCAGCGGUCCAGAACCCUGUGGUAGCACCAGGCGGGAUGGUGAUGCCGCCUUCUUUUCAGAACAGCCCGAACUUGGUUAGUAGGCCUGGCGGCGUUGUAUCUCCUCCACCACAGCAGGGCCAGCUGCAGGUAGGGCUGCAGGGGCCAGGUUCGAUGCCGCCCCCUGUCCAGCCUCUACAGCAGCAAUUACAGCCACAAAUCUAUGGACAGCAGCAUCCGCAACAACAACAGAUGCGUCCUACUCAGGGAACGCCGACAAUAGGACCUCUCCCGAUACAAAGCCCUGCAGUUCCUCCCCAGGCCACGCGUCCGCCGGUCAUGGGAGGCCAGCAGCCGCUUCAGCAACAGUAUUUCCCGAAUCAGGGGCCCUGUGCUCAGGGUUCGUCUCCUCCCGUUCUGCCCAUGCAACCUCCAAAGCCAAUCACCCAACAAAUGCCCAUUCGUCCGGGGCCAGUGCAGCAGCACGCGCAGCAAGCCCCGCAGGGUCCGAUGUAUGGACAUGCAGGGCCGCAGCCUGGACAUCCUGGGCCCGUGCAACAGCCGCAACUUUCAACACAACAAGCGGGACCGCAAAUUGGCCGGCAGGGUUUCCCGCAGCCGCAGAUGGGCCCUCCACCUAACCCUCACCAGACUAUCCAAGGGCAGCAGCAGCCGCAGACACCAGGCGGGCAACAAGUGGCGGCACAGCGCAUGCCAGUGCAGGGUCAACAGCAACCUCAAAUACCAGGUCGGACUCAUCCAAGCGGGGCUCUAGGGCAAACUCAACCAGCUCCGCAACAGGCUCCUGGCUAUGUCCAAGGGCAGCAGCCUGUCUACCAGCCCCAGUUUGGUCAGCCCAUACCUCAACCCCAACCUGGUCAGCCGGUACAAGCACCUCAGCAAUGUCAGUACCCUCCCAAUCAUGGACAGCCCGGUUCGCCCAAUGCUGCGGCAUACCAACAACGGUACGCUGGCCCCGGCCAGACUGGAAAGCCUCCGAUGACGCCACUGCAGACGAGUGCACAAGUUCAGCAAGUUCAGGGGGCGGCCCAGAGCAAUUCUCCUGCUUCUGUUCAUACCCAGCAUGAAAGGCCACCCUCCAUUAUAUCCGUCAUGAGUACCGCCUCUUCACAUGGUCAAGCCUCGACGGCCCAAUCUGCGAGCCCCCAGAGAGUUCAGUCCAUGCCUCAACAGGGCCAGAUGCCUCCCGGGAUCCCGCCUCAGGGUGCGCCACCACAGCAAUACCAGCCGCAGAUGUAUCCGCAGAUGCCUGGAGCGCAACAGCAGGCGCAGAUGCAGCCCGGAGCAGCCCCGUCUCAACCAGGCCAGUACAACCAGGCAGCCCAGCCCAACCCGGGGCUUCCAACCGUUUAUUCACUCCAGAACUAUCCUCAGAAGCCACCAUCCCAGCAGGCGGGAAGUACCACAAGCCUAGGCCUUACAGGCACGGGGCCCACCACACCUCAACUCCACGCCGGCUCAAUACCGUCAGCUCAACCUGCCAAGAAGGCUUGGUACAAGGGCUGGAAGCGCUCUGGUCUCAAGUGGACCGCUACGGUCGGCGCUGGUGCCGUAGCGGCUGAUCUCGUCGGCGCUGAAGCAUCUGAUGGCAUGACGUUGGCGGAGGGCAUGUACGACGCUCGCAAGGAGCAGAAUAACAUGAAGCAGUCCGAACAGGAGAACCCCUCCAAGCUCCUCGGUCAGCCCCAGCCACCUUCGCAGCCUUUCGGCUCGCAGGCUGGACAACAGCAGCAGCAGCAGCAGUCUCAGCAGGGAGUAAUAGCGCAAUCUGCACAGCAGUACCCCCCUCAGCAACAGCCUGGCCAGCAACCAUCGAGUCAACAGUCGUUUGGCCAGCAGCCCAGUCAGCAGUAUCCUCCCCAGUCGCCGGGCCAAUACCCGCCUCAACAGCAGUUUGGAGUGCACCUUGCUCAUCAAUAUAACCAGCAGCAGCAAGUCCCUAAGCCAGUGGUUCAAUCGGCUCCGCCCCAGAUGCAAGGACUUCCAGGUCUAUCUGUGCCUUCACAGUAUCCUCCUGGUCACGGGCCGCCUCAGAUACACAAUACGAUGCCAGCCCCUGCUCAACCUGAUGCGCCCCAGUGGCAGAUACCACAGCAGCAAUACCAGAAUCAGCAACCGAGCCCGAUGGUGCGAGGUCAGCCGGGCCAGUACACCAACUCACAUGUCCUGCAACAGCCUCCAGCACAAGCGCCGCCUGGCAUGCCGAGCCAACAUGACAAUGACCUCAGGCCGUCAGGGAACUACGGGACCCCAACGGUUAAUUCUCAGCUACUAUCUCAGCAGCAGAGUUAUCAGCCAGUGAACUACGGCAGUGCACCUGCGGUGCCCAUGCAGCAGCAGCAGCCGAACAAUCCUGCGUCAAGUACUCAACAUGCUGUCCCUGUCUUGAGCAAAUAUCCGCCGCAGGACCAGAGCCAAUCGGUAGCGCCUCAAGGACUACCUCCGACGGUCCAGGGAGGGCCACAACCAGGAUACCAACAGCCGCGUCCUGCAGGGCCUAGCAGCACAGCCCCGAGCGCAACGGGCAUCAGCCAGCUUCCCUCACAGAACCAACCGAGUGUGCCAGCACCAAGUACUGGUACGGCAAGCGGGAACCAAGCGGCUGGCGGGAAGGGCAGUUGGGGAACGGGCAACUACUCUGGAGAUGGUUGGGGUGACAAUGGAUGGUGA